CGCGCAUGCGUAGAAGGAUCGCGUCUUGUGCUAGAAAGAAACAGGGCGACGCUCAGAAGUGAGACUUUUAAUGUAGCUUCAUUCCGAAUUGGUACUUUUUGUAACCGAUUCGUCGACCGUAUGAAAAGCUACUCUUUAAUCAUUACUUCCGUCGGAAUAAACUCGACUCGUCUCCGUGAACUUUGGAGCUUCUCGGGCUAGUUUAGCUCUCUAGUUAGCUUAGCUCGCUAGUUAGCUCAACUUGCUAAUUAGCUUAGCUCGCUAGUUAGCUUAGCUUUUUAGCUGCUAGCAAAAGAGACGCGGACGUUAUCAACAGAUCACUAAGCAGCGAUUAAGUAGGUGAAAAUGUGCGAAAGAACGACAGCAGAGUACGAGGAGGAACUUUCUGUAACCAAAGAGGAGAAGGAGCGACAACAUCACCUACUGGACGCUGUUUUUAAGAAACAUCAAGUUGUGUCACACAGACCAGAUGUCCAGCAGUUGAUGGGACGUCAAGAAGAAGGUCUCCCUCAGCCGCCGGGGAGAAGAUUCACUUUGAAGCAGGAGGAUCCACAGCCACCACAUCUUCACACGGAACAGGAGGCACCACAGCACCCCCAUUAUAUAAAUGAACCCCACAUUAAAAAGGAAGAGGAAGAACUCUGGAUCACUCAGGAGGAAGAGUGUCUCCUCGGGCAGGAGGAGGCUGAUCUCAGCAAGUUUCCACUGACUGUUGUCUCUGUGAAGACCGAAGACCAUGAAGAGAAACCACCUGAGUCCUCCCAGCUUCAUCACAGUCCAGACGUCCGGCAGCUGGUUGGUCAUCAAGAAGAACCUCUGCUUCAGUUGACGGAGGAGCCACAGCCCCCCCACAUUAAAGAGGAAGAAGAGGAGCUCUGGAUCACUCAGGAGGAAGAGUGUCUUCUUGGGCAGGAGGAGGCUGAUCUCACCAAGUUUCCACUGACUGUUGUCUCGGUGAAGACUGAAGACCACGAAGCGGACAACGUCAUAGCGCCACUAUCCUCAGAGAGCGAGGACGCGCCACACCAGAACGUGAAUAUGGAAUCACACACGAGAACACAGACGAGACAAAAACCUUUCAAUUGUUCAGUUUGUGGUAAAACACUAUCAAAAAAAAGUGUCCUGCGAAUACACAUGAAAAUACACACAGGAGAAACACCCUAUAGUUGUUCCGUUUGCGCAAAACGUUUUGUCAGAAACGCUGAUUUGACGCGGCACAUGCGGACGCACACCGGAGAAAAACCCUUCAAUUGCUCCGAAUGUGGCAAAAGGUUCUCCCAAAGUGGAACGAUGCGGUUGCACAUGAGAACGCACACCGGAGAAAAACAUUUCAGUUGUCCGGUUUGUGCAAAGAGCUUUUUUCGAAACUUUUGCUUGACUAAACACAUGCGAACGCACGUAGGGGAAAAACCUUUCAGUUGUUCAGUGUGCGGUAACAGGUUCUCCAACAAAAGUAAUAUGCAAAGACAUAUGAGAGCACACUAGAGGUGCGAAUCUUUGGGCACUGUUGUGAUCCGCUGCCCGGAUCACAUUUUGAUUUUGGUUUUUCAGUCCUUUUGUGUUUUCUGUUUGUUCUGGACUCUUUCCAUUCCUGGUUGCACUUCCCUGUUUGUUUUGUUACCAUAGUUUCUGAUUUGUUCCACCUGCUACUUGUUUCCUGACACGCACCUGUGUUUGUUGAUUGCUGCCCUGAUUUAAGCCUGCCUCCUUUGUUCUCUCGUUUUCGCUUCAUAAUUUGCUUUACAUGCAACAAGUGACGACUGCUAUUCUAUGUUCCUACUCGCUACCUUUCGCGCUACGCCUUGUUUAUCUCUAGCUCUCAUGCUAGUAGUUUUUGUUUUGCCUUUUGUGCCCCUGUGCCAGUUUUUCUGUUCAUAGUCUGUUUUAUUUAUUAAUAAAUCGUUGUUUUUUACCGUACGAUGUGUUUGAGCCCUGCAUUCCUGGAAGAACGAAUCCGGCAUCACUAUGCCCAGCAAGAGUUACAGAAAGAAACAAUGAUUUAUUAA